AGUUCAUCAAGCUACGUGACUGACUACAGACACGAAAUAAAAAAAAUCGUUCAGAGUGAGAAAAAUAUUUUGUGCAAGAAGAUAAAACUUUUCGAAGUUUGUGAUUAAGGAAAAACUAUUGUGACUUAAGAAGCGCAAGCUGUAGAUUACAGACAGAUAUUAAAUGAGUGAAAUGAAACAAGGCUGUUUCAGUAUUUACCUACGCUCUCGCCUUGACUUUCGAAGCACCAUUCAACUGCGUUUUGAAGUGAACUACGAUAAGCGCAAUACCACAAAAUUCUUCACGAAUUAAGCAAUUAAAAGACCAAAGAAAAAUAGCUACGCAUUAGGAGAAUCAGAGAAGCACGCAUCCUACGCCACGCGCUAGGUAAAAAAAAUAUCCACCAAGAAGUAAUUAAGAAAAAAAAAAUAAUAAGAAACACGCACUAGACACGUGUAUUUAAGAUGGAACGUCAGGAACAAAAGAUAACUUUGUUCAAUACGAUCAAAGCACCGAUGGCAGGUGCUUUCAGUGGUUGUAUUACUCGAGCUAUCACUCAACCCUUAGACUGUUCAAAAGUUCGAUUGCAAUUGCAAGUUGAACCAAUUGCUAAUGUCACUGGAGCUCGUUAUACUGGAACAUGGCAGACACUCUUUGCUAUCUUUCGUGACGAAGGUGUCUACGGAUUGUGGAAGGGACACAUUCCAGCUCAACUUUUGAGUGUCUUCUAUGGCUUAGGCCAGUUUGCAGCUUAUGACCAAUUAAAUCGUGCUGGUCGUCACAUCAAAAUAUUCCACGAACACUCAGACAUGCGACACUUUAUUUGUGGUGGAAUCGCUGGUGCAAUCGGCAACACGGUCUCAACACCCUUUGAUGUUGUACGUACGCGAAUCAUAGCACAAGAUCAUGGUCGUGGCUACAGCAGCAUGACAGAGGGCUUGAAAUCAAUUUAUUUGAAAGAAGGCAUUCGAGGAUUGUUUAGGGGUUUGGGGCCGUCAGUGUUGCAAGUUGCGCCUUUAACAGCGAUACAGUUCUGGAGUUACAACGUGGUCAUCGAAGCAGCUUUGGAGUACACGAAGCAAGAUCAUGCAACUCCACAUUUAAUUCUUUUUUCUGGUAUGAUUGGCGGAAUUGUGUCGAAGACUGCAGUUUAUCCGUUAGAUCUUUGCAAGAAACGUCUACAAAUUCAGAAAUUCCAACAAUCACGUACAACUUAUGGCGAGAAUUUCGUUUGUAAAGGUUUGUUGGACUGUUUGAAGCGAACAGUUACACGUGAAGGUUGGACAGUAGGACUUUACAAGGGACUGUGGCCGUCAGUCUUCAAAUCGGGACUGGCAACUGGUCUUCAUUUCUUCAUGUACGAGGAACUUUUAAGCUACUUUAACAGAGCCAAUUUCUAAAUGAGACGUAGUAAAAACGUUUAAUUGAAAAAGAUAGUCGGAGAUAAACUCGAACCAUGGUGACACUAAUCGUCGGAUUAUAAAAAAAUAAGUGAAAAGAAAAAUGAUUUCUUUAUAUCAAAAGUGAAGUAAGAGGAGUUGUAAACAAUAUUUGCGUCUGAUAAUAAUUCAAGUGAAACAAAACAGUCUGAUUCAUGAAUUUACUCUUAUCAGCAUUCUUCUCGACAAUUUUUAUUAUUCGAAAGAAAAUUACGUGACGGUUGAUGCAUCUCUUCAUUAAAAGUCACGGCCGUGAAUACAUUAAAUGAACAAUUGAAAAGCUUUGAAUUAUCAGAAGAAACUUUUUUCUUUUUCAAUUGCAAUAGAUAGUACUGUAGUGAUCUCAUCAUCAGUAGGGUUUGAAGUUUGAGAUUGUUACAAACAAUCAGAACUUCAUUGUUAUAACAGUUUUAUAACAGUUGUAAAACAUCGACAAACCUUUAAGUAAUCACAUGGUUUUGGAUAUUUUUGAACGAUAAAUGUUAUACUUAAUCGUUCUGCUACCUCUUAAGUUCUCCAAUAAUAAAUAACACUUUUUAAUUUAAUUAAAUAAGAUCCCGAAAGAUGAGUGAAGUAAGGAACAACAAAGGGACUUAAAUAGCCUUCAUUGUGAUAUCGUUGAAUUAACAAAAAACAUAUUCGAAAUAUACGCAAAAGCAAGCAAACUUGGACAAAAAUUAAAAAAGAUAGUUGAUCAAAAAUUGUAAAUUGAAAAUUCAGUAAUUAAUAUGAAAUUAAAUUUUGAUGAAAACGUAAUUAAUUCAAUUUCCUGAUUUAAAAACCAACGCGAAAAAGAAAUAAAUAAAAAAUUGCAUACGGUAUUAAUAACGAUAACGAAUAUCUAACCUUCACAUGUUUAAUUACUAAGAUACGAAUUAAUUGGAUUUGGGUGACUGAAAAAGAAAUUUUGCCGAUCAUAAUUCUACGAUAUAUUUAUGUAACACGCCAGUCGAAAAUUUUAUAGGAAAUUAAGAUUGGAUUAAUGUUGAUUGUAGUUUAUAGAAUUUCGAGUGUUUUUCACCUACUUUUAAAAUAUUUAUCAGAUAAAAAUAUGAAAUUGCGCAAUGUCUUGUCGUUAUCUUGAACUCAAUUCUUUCAUUCGUUUUUGUCGAAUGUUUUGAAAUGAACGAAAAUUAAUCAAAACACAUUUCGAAAAGGACAAGACAGUCAAUUUCAAUUUAAAAAUAUUAAGAUAAAUAAGCUCGAUAUGUAAUUCGAUAUUCAUAAUUUCAUAACACGAAAACAGUUGAUUAACCAAUUUAAAGCCUUCAAUGUUUGAGAGUAAAACAUUUUACUGAAAAUAUAAAUCUAUGAAAAGCAAACAAUUAAUUUAAGUCUCCCAACAAUUUUCUUCAACUUGAUUAACAAACAAACUUUAAGUUUUUUUGGGUUUUUUUUUGUCCAUGAAGACGCCGCUUAGAUAUUUAUAUUUAGAAAUUCAGUCAAUAAAUAAAUACGAGAAAUAAAAAUAAAA